AUGGGAGCCGCACUUGACAAAAUUCAGAAUCAGUUUGAUGAGAUCAGUUCUAACGAAAUUGAUAAUGCUGAUUCAAAGGAUAAAGCUGAAAUUACGUGUCAGAGUGAGGAAGAAACUAUCACCGAAAAAUACCCUUUUCUUGAUGAUGAAUAUUGGGAGACGGCUGAAGCCGAGGAAAAGGCAAGGGUGAAAAAAAUACAGAAAAAUAGAACUCUUGCCGACAUGUUGGCUAAUCCUUUACCAGGAGACAUUGUUGUCAGCAAAGAAGAUACUAAGAAGUUCUCUAUGAAAGAUUGGCUAUCACAAUCUUACUCUACUUCUGGCAGUUUAGCUCAUCAUUAUACCCCUAUGAGUGAAAAUAAACUCAAAAAAGAAUGA